UGCUAUUUGCUGUUUGUGAUCGCGAGUCACUGCUCACUACCGAGUGCGAGCUUUAUGUGCUUGUAUUUUUGUGACAUUGAAAUAGUUCUUAUAUUUCGUUGUAUAGCAUCUUAUAUAUUAGUAAUUUGUUGAAGGAAUUUGUCAUAAUGGCAGAAAAGUAUGACAAAAAUGGUCAUAAUAGUGAUUUUAAAAGAAAAUCAACGGAACAACAAGAAGAACAAGAACAUGAACAAGAUGGCGAAGAAGGGACAAAAUUAAACGAAAAAGCCGGCGAAUAUAUGCGCGAGCUUCUCAGUGAAAAAAUAAAGUUAAAUAACGCCAAAUUUCCCGUGUCCUCCAGACUCAUUGAUCUAGAAGUUGCAAAAGUUCAGUCUUCAGGCAGAAUACCUCCUAAAGACUUCAAAUACUUAGAUGUCUACAAGGAAAAGCCUAUCAAAGUCACAGUUAAGGUGUUGGUGCCUAUAAAAGAACAUCCUAAGAUGAAUUUUGUUGGUAAACUGCUUGGACCUAAAGGUAACACCAUGAAACAACUGCAGGAAGAAACAAUGUGUAAAAUGGCCAUACUUGGCAGAGGAUCUAUGAAAGACAGAAAAAAGGAAGAAGAACUGAGAAAUUCCCUAGAUCCUAAAUAUGCACAUUUGUCAGAUGAGCUGCAUGUGGAAGUGUCAGCAUUGGCUCCACCCGCUGAAGCUUAUGCAAGAAUCGCAUAUGCACUGGCCGAAGUGAAGAAAUACUUAAUACCAGACCCUGCCGAGAUGUUCCGGCAAGCCCAGAUGAGAGAUCUCAUGGAGAGAGAUCACCGGGCGCCCUUGCUAGAUCAUCCACAAAAGAACGUGGUAUACAGAGCGUGUACAGUCACCAAGAGGUCUCACUCAUACCAGAAUCCCGAGCUUAGAAUGGCAGGUCCGGUACCACCACAUAUUCCUCCAAGACCGGCUGCGCCACCACGAAUGCCACCAGCACCUUUGAGGCCGAUGCCAUCCAAGUCGAAGGUCUUCAGUAUUUUAGACCGAGCCCGUUCCGCUAUGGAGUCCAGCUAUACAUACGAAGACCCAUAUGCUGCCCCGGAACCACCUGUACCACGAGGUCCGCCGCGUGCUGCGCCAGAACAGGAUUACUAUUACGAUCGUAACCAGGAACGCUUCUACGAAGAGGACGGUGGUUACUACAAGGAAGAUGGCCGCGAUUAUAAGGCUUCCGCCAGAGAUGUAGGCACACGCCGCCCGGGACCUUCACAAGGGAGACAUUUCAGUCACAGGUCCUCCCCGUACGCGCGGGGGGCUAAGUAACACUAUUGGACACCAGCGAACAAACUUUCACAGUUAAUGGUGAGUAAUGUUGACAAAACUGAAAUCAUAACAAAUAAAGGCAACUAAAAGGAGAAAAAACUGUGAAACUAGAAAAAUACUUAAAUAAUAAGUAUAAUUUGAAUAAAAAUCAAAUUUUAUGGUAUAAUUUACCGAAACAAAUGCAUUAAAAUGAGAUUAUUAACAAAACAAAUAUGUUACAAUGAUAGCAUCGUAAAAAAAAAACAAUCUUAUGUUACAGAAGACGACAUUUUAAUAUGAAUAGCUUUCCAUAGAAAUUUGUCGAAAGAACAAAUAGAUGUAACAAUUUUAUUAUAGAUCUACAAGUUGAGUACAUAGCGUAUAAAUAUUUUAUUACAAUUAAAAUAAAAAUUAAGAUUAGCUAUAGUCCUAAUAAUAAUAAAAUUAUGUUAACGAACUUAAAGAUGUUCACAAAAAUACUUGUAAAAAUGUUCAAAACUAAAUGAUAAAUGUAUUCCGUACUGUGUGUGACUUAAUAAACAGAAAUUAAAAAAAAUAACUAUGAAUUUUGAUUGCCAGCGAACUUGGGAGGAAAAUUAUUUUGCACAAAAUAAAUAUGUUAAUAAAUGGUAAUUUUCUUAAAUAAAAAUACUGUCUAAGUAUCAAUCUCAAAAUAUUCUUCCAAAGAACCAGUAAUGGUCUCACAAUAAUAAUAAUAAUUUAAUUAUAUGUGUAUGGAAAUAAGCUAAAAUAGAAAAAAAAUGCAAUUUCCAAUUUACAUUUCAUAAAAAUAUGAAAUUAAUACAAAUUUAAUAAUAAAAUUAUUAUACAAAUAUCAAUUUAAACCAAUAUUAAAUUGUAGGAAAAUAUUAUUUAAAAGAAAACUACAGUAAAAUAUAACUAAUAACUGGUAGAAAUAUACAAAAAAUAAAAAUCCCAGUAAAUUAGUUCAAAAAUAAUUAGCCUUAUAAGUCUAAUUGAACCAACUAGGUCGAGUACACACUGGUAAGUACAUUAUUAUAAAGUUUUUCAUGUGUGCAUGUCUUUAUGUUCCGUCAAUUCUAAUAAAUAGGAACGAGAAAUGAUUGUUUCAUUUUCCUUACCUUUCAAAUAAAACAAAGAUUAGUUCGCCACGUUUAUUACCUUACACCUAAUAAAAUAAUUUAUAAGUGAUUGUAGUACAUUGUUAUCCAUUUGCAAGGUGUUUCUCUAAUAUAUCAAAGGAUAUUAUUUUCCAAAUAUAAGUACUUGUGUGAGUAGAAA